AGCGACUUGGCCCCUGAGCAUCUUGCAGGAAACGAAAAAAAGCAGGUUGACCUGGGAUAUUGGCCGCUGUAUAGAUGGAACCCGAUAAAUGCGGAGAGAGGAGAAUCCAAUUUCGCCCUCGAUUCCGAGAGGAUCAAGCGAGAGCUGGAGGGAUUUCUUCGUCGGGACAACCAACUCACCCAGCUGAUGAAGCGACAUCCCCGGUUCUCGGCUAGCUUGUCAGAAUCUUAUGGGACGGAAGUCCGGGCUCUGCAAAAGCGAGCUGCUAAGGACUCCUAUGACAAACUUCUGGAGGGUCUCUUUGGCGCACCUCUGACUAUUUUGUUCGCGUCUGACAAUGGUAACGCCGAGAACUUGGCUAAGAGGCUAGCUAAUCGCGGAAAGGCCCGUGGUCUGAAGACUAUGGUUUUGGCUAUGGAUGACUAUCCCAUCGAAGACCUGGCUACUGAGGAAAAUGUGGCGUUCAUUACCAGCACAGCUGGCCAGGGUGAAUUUCCUCAGAACGGUCGUGCAUUGUGGGAGGUCAUCAAGAACUCUGGGGACCUCGAUCUCUCUUCCAUUCACUACUCAGUUUUCUCAUUGGGAGACAGUCACUACUGGCCUCGAAGAGAGGACAAGAUCUACUACAACAAGCCCGGAAAAGAUCUUGACGCUCGUGUAUCAUUCCUUGGCGGUAAGAAAUUGACUGACAUCGGCCUGGGAGAUGACCAGGAUCCCGACGCGUUCCAGACGGGGUAUCAGGAAUGGGAGCCGAGAUUGUGGCGGGCUUUGGGUGUGGACAAGGUCGAGGGACUACCUGAGGAACCGCCACCAUUGACCAACGAGGAUAUGAAAUUACAAUCCAAUUAUUUGCGAGGCACUAUCGCAGAGGGCCUGCGUGAUGAGUCGACUGGUGCAAUCUCCGCAACUGACCAACAGCUUACCAAGUUCCAUGGCACCUAUAUGCAAGACGAUCGCGACGUGAGAGACGAACGCAAGGCUCAGGGAUUGGAACCUGCCUACUCCUUCAUGAUCCGUUGCAGAUUGCCCGGCGGAGUUGCAACGCCAAAACAAUGGCUGCAAAUGGAUGCCAUUAGCAGCGCGCAUGGGAACGAGACGAUGAAACUCACAACACGCCAGACCUUCCAGUUCCAUGGCGUUGUCAAGGGGAAGUUAAGAUCUGCCAUGCAAGCCAUCAACCAGGCCCUGAUGACCACUAUUGCCGCGUGUGGUGAUGUAAACCGCAAUGUAAUGUGCAGCAGCCUUCCGGAGCUGUCGUAUUACCAUAAAGAGGUUCAUGCCAUUUCAAAGCGUAUCAGCGAUCAUUUGAUACCGUCAACGACCGCUUACCAACCAGGAUCUGGCUGA